AUGGGUCAAACAGCCUCAAAACCGCAACCCGGCUCAUCAAUCCAGGUCAUUGGGGCCGGGCUACCACGCACAGGAACUUCAUCAUUCAGCCAAGCGAUAGAAAUCCUCCUCAACGGACCAGUGUACCACUGCGGGACGCAAAUAUCGCGCGGCCCACCAACAGAGAUCAAAUCAUGGAUGCCAAUUCUGCAAAAAUGGUUCAAAAAAGAUACAGAUUCACGCUCAACAAUGCUAUCCCUCCUGCAUCGCCGAUUGGACGGCUACGUUGCCAUCACCGAUUCCCCGGGUUGCGAGUUCGUCCCGGAACUCAUGGAACUUUACCCCGAUGCCAAGGUCAUUUGCACGACGCGCGAUCCUGUCUCGUGGGAGACAAGCAUGUAUCAUGUACAGACGUUGACGGGCGUUUGGUUUGCGCGGGCUGUCCUGCUGCCCCUGGAAGGUAUGAGACAUUUCAUUCCGUAUGGGUAUCUUCUGGCUGCGCAGUGGGAGUCGAUCUAUGGGAGAGUGAUGGGGAUGCAUGGGCGGGAGACCUAUGCCCGACAUAUCGAGUGGUUGAAAGAGGUCGUUCCGGAAGAUAGAUUGGUCUUCUUUGAUGUGAAGGAUGGAUGGGGGCCGCUGUGUGAGGCUCUGGGGUUGGAGCCUCCGGUGGAUGUGCCAUUUCCCCGUGUGAACGACUCCGAGGCCAUCGAGCGCACGAUCCAGCAUCACCUUCGGAGAGGUCUCACGCGAUGGGUUUUCAUCUUUGCUUUCAUCGGGACUGGAGUUGCAGCUUUCCGUAUGUGGAGAUGA